AUGGCAAAAUUAAGCGAUAAUUUUGAUGAGGAUUUGAAAAAAAUAGCCGCUCAGAUAGCCGAAGAAGAAGAAAAAGAAUUGAAAAAAUAUACUUUUUCUGGCACUCAUUAUAUAGGUGAAGGAAUUUCCUCAGAAGAGGACUAUUCAAGAGAAGAUAAUGAAGAAGUUGGCAGAAGCGAAAACGAACCUAAAGCGAAGAAGAAACUUAUAAGAGAAAAAAAGGAAGCAGAAAGAUACAAUGAAAACUUAGAUGAAAUUUAUAAGGAUUUAGAAAAGGCAGAGGAAAGAAACUCUGAACUAGAAGAUAAACUAAAAAAAGAAACCGAAAAAUCAAAAAAAGUAAUUGCCGACUUAGAAAAACGGAAUAAAGAUUUGAAAGGGCAAUUAAGCGACCAACAAAAAGCAUUAAACAUGGAAUUGGCGGAAAAAGCGAAUCUAUCUAGCCAAAACAAAAAACUGGAAAAAGAUUUAGAGGACAAAGAGGAAGAACUAGACAAGAAGAGACAUGAUUAUAUUCGUGUAGCAGAAGAGAGAGAUUUUAAAAUCGAAAGAAAAGAAGAAGAAAUAAAUCGCCUAAAUUCUCUGCUGAAUAUUAAAGAAAGGGAAUUACUAACAAAAGGCGAUUUUCAGGCAGAUAGUCAUCACGAAAAAGAUGGUUCAGAUGAUACCCAAAAAAGUUCCAGUAGUGAGUAUGAAGUAUUAGGUAAUAUUUCGAAUUGGGAACAUCAUACGCCAGCACCAACUCCAAAAACAACCAGCCCGGUUUCGAGUAAAAGAAGCAGUCGCCCAACUUCUCGUCGUUAUUCCAAAGGGCAGGAAUAUUUUUCAGGUCGCUUUGUUGAUAAUUCUCCUACUACUUCUCCUACUACUUCUCCUACUACUUCUCCUACUACUUCUCCUACUACUUCUCGUCGUAGUUCCUUUCGGCAGUUCUCGGCCAAUGCCAGUAAUCGUCCGGUUCCAAUUUUAAAUGAUGAGAGACUUAUUGAAAAUUUAUGCAGAGAAAAUGAAAGGUUAUCAAGGAAUAACAAAGGAAAAGAUGAAGAAAUAUUAGACCAGGGGAGAAGAAUUGACGAUUUAAAAAAUGAAAUUGAACAAUUAAAAAACGGAGAACGACCUGAUUUAAUUCCUGAGGAAGCAGACGAGAAUGGAGAAAAAGGUAAUAAGGAAAGCGAGUUAAGCGAGGAAGCAAAGGCUGCUAUGGCUAAGAAACGCCGAGAAAAAUUUUAUCAAAAACUUAAAGACCGAGCCGAAGAAAUUGCUAACAACUUAACGGAAAACUUGAAUGAAGCCCAAGAAAAUUGA